CCAUUGAACAAAAUAUUUUAUCAGAUAAAUUGAAGCAAUGUAUACCGAGGGAGCCUCUGAUUUUGUCACUGAUCAGAGCAUGUAUUAUCCUGCUUAUUACUCUUCAGGUUAUGAUUCAUCUGUCGAAUGGGAGAACCGUCAGGUUAUUCUUGGUGUAGAUGGUUCAGAGGUCCAAUACUCGGGUGGCCAAAAUGAAAAUUCUCCUUAUAUCUGCUAUACACCAAGUUAUGGAUAUGCACAGUCUCCCUACAAUCCCUACAAUCCUUACAUACCAGGCGCAUCAAUAGGCGUUGACUCUUCUUUUCUUGGAUUCCAACAAUAUUACUCAAACCCUCCCUAUGAAAAUGCUGCAUCUUCACCUACUUAUGCUCCAUAUCUUAUUCAGCCUGAUAUGGUCUCGAAUAGUUCAACAGACUCUUUGGUAGCGACUGAUUUAGCCAAUGGUGGUCAAUCUGAUGGAAGAGGAUCCAGGCAGAAAAAUGGUUCAGCAAUUGCCGGACUUUCAGAAGAUGCUCCAAAAUCUUCAACAGUGAAUUCCUUGGGUAGGACCUAUGGGAAGCUAAGGUCUAACACUGGCCAGAAUAAACAGCCAGGAAUCCCCAAGAAUGUUUCCGCAACAGCUUCCGCGCAUUCUCUCCAGGGAAAAACUGCCUCCGUUGACACUGUUUCCAGUAGCAGACUCUCGUCUUAUGGGCACUUUGACAUUGCUAAAGGGUUUCCAUCCAUUGUUUCAAAUAGUUGCAAGCCUCGUUCCAAGAUGUAUGAUAGCAGAGAUACGAGUGAACAAAAUCGAGGUAUAAGAACGAGAAGAUCAAGAAAUCAACUAAUUGUCGAAGCUUAUACAACCAAAGCUGGAAACGUUGAUGCGGAAGGAAACAUUGUGAUAAGUCCUGAUCAAUAUAAUAAAGAAGAUUUCAGUCUCGAUUACAGCGAUGCCAAGUUUUUUGUGAUUAAAUCGUAUAGUGAAGAUGAUGUUCACAAGAGCAUCAAAUAUGGUGUCUGGUCAUCAACAGUGCAUGGGAACAAGAAAUUGCAGAGUGUAUAUGAAGAUACUCAGAGAAUAGCCACUGAGAAGUCUCGUGAAUGUCCUAUUUUCUUAUUCUUUUCUGUCAAUGCCAGUGGUCUGUUCUGUGGCGUGGCUGAGAUGACCGGUCCAGUUUCCUUCGACCGAGACAUGGAUUUUUGGCAGCAAGACAAAUGGAGUGGAAGCUUUCCUGUCAAGUGGCACAUUAUUAAAGAUGUUCCUAAUAGCUAUUUCAGGCACAUUAUUUUACAUAAUAACGAGAAUAAGCCAGUGACCAACAGCCGAGACACACAAGAGAUAAUACUGAAACAAGGACUCGAGGUGCUAAAACUAUUCAAAAAUCAUGCGGAAAAGACUUCACUAUUAGAUGAUUUUAUGUACUACGAAAACCGCCAGAGACUCAUGCAGGAAGAGAGAGCUAGACUUCCGUUCAGGACCUUUCGCAGGCCAUUUCCCGUGCUCAAAGUAGAUUUUUCUGACAGAAGCAAGAAAAGCUCCAAGGAUAUCGUCAAGAAGCCUUCAGUGACCUCUGCAGAAACAAAAGGUGUGCAGUUAAACAACUCAGAUGGUGAUGAAAAGAGCAAUACACAGGAAGCAACAGAAGAUUCUACUUCUUCCACUCUGAAGAUUGGCUCUCUCACCAUUAAACCGACUGCUGGUACCACCUUUAACUUGACCCAAGCCAAGUCUAAACCGGCCCCAUCUCUCAGCUCUGACCACAAGUCAGACUCUUCUGAAGAGGUUACUGGGUCUCUGGCUGAUGACAUCCUCAGAGUAAGCAAGGAGUCUUUUCCCGUAGAAGCUAUGCAUUGGAUAAAUCUAAUGAAUGAAGCUGCAUAUUCUCAUGAUGAGAAGAUCUUUUAUGCUUUGACUUCUGGAUUAUGUCAAGCUAAAAGAUAUCAUGAAGUGAUUAGAGUGUUGGAGAAACUGAAACAGUCAAAGUUCUCUUCUGAUUUAUUGGACUACAUGAUACUUGCUGGUUUGUUUUGCGAAUCAAAGCUAGAGAUAGGAGUCACAGUGUUACUGGAGGAGAAUAGCGACAUCAAAAGGACUGUCUUCUUUGCGCUCGAUCUACCGGACUGCUCAAAAGGAAUGAAUAAAUUCCGAAUUCGUUUCAGAUUUGACCAUAGUCUCAGCAGUGUAGUCCACGCGCCACGGUACAGUGCGAUCAAGUUCUUCUCGCUUUUCCUCCUCCGGACUGGACUCGAUUGGGGUGAUUUGCGUAGACGAAAUGGAAAUGGAGCUUCCUCUAAUCAUGAAAGGAAUGAGCAGAUACUGUUUCCAAAACCAGAGACUUUGGACUAUGAAUUGCCCUGCGACACCUCUUACCCGCACCAGAUUGGUGACAAUGCUGCUAGUUCUUCUGGAAGUAAUGUUAAGUCAUUGCUGAUUGAGAUGGGAUUUUGCCCAACUCUUGUUCAGAAAGCAAUUGAUGAAAAUGGUGAAGAUGAUUUUGAAUUUCUAUUAGAGAUUCUCACUAAGAGUACUGUAACAGAACAACCUGGAACCAGCUUUCAUGGGCUAAUGGAACCCAAACCGGAACCUGAUAUUGAAUACGAAACUGAUGGUAGAAGGAUUGCGUUACUAACAAUGCAGUUUCCAGAAAAUCUAGUUGACUUUGCACUGGAUAGGCUUGGUAAAGACGUGCCAAUUGAUGAGAUGGUGGACUUCAUUGUUGCUGCUCAAUUAGCUGAAAAGUAUGCGGAAGAAUCUGAAGACUCACUUGAUGGUGCUGAGAUCAAUGAAGAAGAUGAAGAUGUCACUCCAGUUACUGCUCGGGGACCUGAGGUUCCCAAUGAACAAUUGUUUGAAACAAUGGACAAGACUUUGCAUUUACUGGAAAUGGGAUUCUCUAAUGAUGAAAUUUCAAUGGCAAUUGAGAAGAUAGGUACAGAAGGUCAGAUUUCUGUCCUUGCUGAGUCAAUUAUUACUGGUGAAUUUCCUGCUGUUUGCCAUGAUGACCUUGAAGAUAUAGAAAAGAAAGUUUCAGCGGCGGCUCCUGCAGUGAAUCGUGCAUGUCUUUCAAAGAGUUGGAGAUUUGUUGGUGUUGGUGCCCAGAAAGAGGAUGGUGGUGGGGGUUCGUCGAGUGGCACUGCUAAUAUAAAACCAGAUCCUGGUAUUGACUCUUUUCCUUUCCCUGCCACUGCCAAUGUGGGAGAGACCUCGAAGGGUAAGCGACCAAAAGAUGAAGAUGAGAAUGCCUAUCCAGAGGAAUACACUGACUACGAUGACAGAGGAAAACGGUUAAGACCCGAAUAUAUGGGUGACUCAAGUUCGUUUAUGGAAACCCCAUGGAUGCAAGAUGAGUGGAAAGAUAACACGUAUGAAUUUCCCAGUGUAAUGCAGCCACGUUUGUCCCAGAGUCUUGACCCAAAUGUAGCCAAACGACCUUAUUUCUUCUAUGGACAGUUAGGUGAACUAUCUCCUAGCUGGUGGUCGAAGAUCUCGGGUUUCUUGUUCGGAAUUCACCCCGAACAUGUAGAUACUCGGUUGUGUUCAGCGCUCCAUAGGACAGAAGGGUACCUGCACAAUCUUCCCACUGUUAACAGGUUCAAUAUCCUCCCAAAGCCUCGGUUAACUAUACAAGACGCAAUGCCACAAAUGAAGAGUUGGUGGCCGCAAUGGGAUAUCAGAAAGCAUUUCAAUAGUGGCACGUGUUCUAAUACGAAAGAUGUAACUCUUCUCUGUGAACGAAUUGGACGCCGUAUAGCUGAAUGCAGGGGAAAGCCUACUCAACAAGACCAGACUCUAAUACUUCGACAUUGUCACACCUCCAAUCUCAUUUGGAUUGCUCCAAACAUCCUCUCACCUGUGGAGCCUGAACAUUUAGAGUGCAUUAUGGGAUAUCCAACGAAUCACACGAACAUCGGUGGUGGAAGAUUGGCUGAAAGAUUGAAGUUGUUUAAUUACUGCUUCCAAACAGACACAUUGGGUUACCAUCUCUCUGUACUCAAGUCUAUGUUUCCCGAAGGUUUAACAGUUUUAUCACUCUUUAGCGGGAUUGGUGGUGCGGAAAUUGCAUUGGACCGCCUUGGAAUCCAUCUAAAAGGCGUAGUCUCUGUAGAGUCUUGUGGAUUGAGCCGUAACAUACUAAAAAGAUGGUGGCAGACUUCGGGACAAACCGGUGAGUUAGUGCAAAUUGAAGAAAUCAAAAGCUUAACGACAAAGAAGCUGGACACUUUGGUGCAGAGAUUUGGGGGAUUUGACUUUGUCAUUUGCCAGAACCCAUCAACACCACUUGAUCUCUCUAAAGAAAUCUCAAAUAGCGAAGCCUGUGAAUUUGAUUAUACCUUGUUUAACGAGUUUGCUCGUGUCACGAAACGUGUCAGAGAUAUGAUGCAGUUAAGUUGACCAAGAGUCUCCUUUACGUCCUCAAGAAUCUGGAGGAGACUUGUCUAAUCUCAGAAGGAGUCUUCCAUUUUCUUUGCUGAAGGUAAUUCAGUCAAUCGUGGAGACUUUCAACUAAGGAACUGUUUUUUUUUGCAAUUGAUGCUUUAAUGCAUCACUCUGUGUACCAUAAUCCGCGUAGAAACGUGGGAUAUCUUCUUUUUACUUUUUUGCUAUGCUACUUCUCGGAGAGAUAGACAGUGAAUCAUGCGGUCAAUGUUGUUGUAUCUUGUUCACGUUUAUGUAUAAUAUUAGCACUUUUUCUGAAUUCCUUCUUUUUUAGCUCAAUGUUGUUGGUUGCUUAAUUCAUACUCAUCUUCGUCAAAAUCAAUUGUUAACGAAUCU